ACUACUAUUGUUUAUGUAAACAACCGCCUUGAGACGACUGGUUGAUAUGUCAUUAUUUUGUUUCGAUUCGUAGCCUGUUGGAUAUGAGUCCUGAAUUCAAGUUUAGUGAUAGUAUGCACCCUUCAAUUUUACUCUAUAAUUUUGAGGAAUUUCGAAUUGAAGGUAUUCUGUGCGAUGUGACGCUGACCGUAGGUCCAGAGGAAAUUAGAGCUCAUAAAGUGGUAUUAGCAGCUGCAUCACCGUUCUUCAGGUUAGAAUAGUAUGGUUACCAUGAAAACCUUUCUCCAAAUUUCGAAAUUUCGACCUUUUAUUGUUAGAACGUGUUUUUGGCACUUUUUUUAAAAGUAAUUCUGAAGGGGCACCACUUUUCCGUUUAAAUAAAAAUUCCAUAAUACUUUUAUUUUACAUUCUGGCAUGUUUUCGAAUCAUUAUUUAAGCGGGCGUUGUUAUACUUCAAGCAGUUAAACAGUAAUUGACAAUAACAAAUACAUCACAAUAUUGUGAGAAUGGUUGGUUAGUAUUUAGCCCACAAACAAUGGAGAGUUCUACACUUGUCUAAAGUUAAAUAUGGAAGAGAGUGAUGCAGUCGUAAGUGUGAUCUUUUCUGAGAACUAAUUUGUGAUACAAGAUGGAUCACAGUCAUUCCACUAGAAUAACAAUCUGGUUGAUGUUCAUUUCAGACAUGAAAGAAGCAAGACAAGAAAAAGUCUCUCUUUCUGAAAUUGAAUCCAAGGUUUUGAAAUCUAUUAUAACGUACAUUUAUACAUCAGAAAUAUUGGUGACUGAGGACAACGUGUAUGCGCUGAUGGAGGGCGCAGACUUCCUGCAGCUCCCGGAGCUGCUGUUCGCGUGCCAGCGCUACCUGCUGGCUGCACUCAGUCCCGCCAACUGCCUGUCGGUGUGCGUGCGCGCCAGGCUGCGCCACGCCCACGACCUGGCGCGGGAGGCCUUCCAGCACGCCCUCGACAACUUCCACAAGGUGGUGAAGGAGGAGGAGUUUGUGCACGCGCCACCAGACCUCCUACUGGACGUGCUGUCUGCACGCACCGUGCACGUCUCCGACGAGGGGCAGCUGCUGGAGAGCGUGGUGAGCUGGACCUGUCACGACGAGGGGGAGAGGGCUCAGCACCUGGGACAGCUUCUGGGCGUGUUGAGGCUACACCAAGUACCCUCGGCAGUGUUGCUGGUGUACAGGACUCUGCCUGGUCUCGGCACCAAGGUGGCAGAUGUGCUGCGCGAGGCAGUUGACGAGGCCCUGGCAAUGUGCUCACUAGAGGAGCGCCAGGAGCAGGCUGCUGAUGCUGUAUGCUCCCGGAGGCUCCUCAAGAGGCAGAGAUUCUUCUCCGAGCAAGAGGUGAUACUGGGUGUUGGUGGGCAGAGCAACGGCGUGGCGGUGGGCAGCGUGGAGUGCUUCACGCUGGGCUACGACACGUGGCGUUGCAUCGUCCCGAAGGUGAUCCACGAGUCGGGCUCGCUGGCAGACAGCGCGGUGGUGGCUGCCAUGAGCUGCCCGCGCCUCUACGCAGCCGUCGCCAGUGCUGACAACCACGUGUACGUGGCGGGUGGUAGUAACCAGGGCCGUGCACUGCAGUCGGUGGAGUGCUACAGCGCAGAGUCCUACACCUGGCGGCAGUUGGCAAGCCUGCCUGCGGCCGUGGAGGGAGCGGGAGCCGUGUUCGUGGACGGCUGUUUGCAUGUCGCGGGCGGAAUGGGGCCGUCAGGCGUUCACACCACUGUCUGGAAGUUUGAGGCUGCGCCCAUUGGUCACGGAGCGUGGAGAGAUGCCGUCCCCAUGUCGACGCACCGCGCACAUCACGGAGUUGUGUGUGUCACUGGAGUCAUGUACGCCAUAGGGGGAGUGGGUGGCAGUUCCGCUACAGACACAGAGGUGCUGCGGACGGCGGAGCGAUACAACCCUGUGAUUGGCCGCUGGCAGGCAGUGGCCCCCAUGCUCCAGGCUAGGAGCAAGUUUGGCUGUGUCGCCAUGGACGAGUACAUAUACGUGAUGGGCGGCUGUGUACAGGCUCGCUGCCUCAAGACCGUGGAGAGGUACAACACACUGACCAACGAGUGGACGCCCCUGACCACCAUGAGCUUCCCGCGCAGCGACUUCGGGGCGACGGUGUGCUCCAGGCGGGUGUACUGCCUGGGGGGCCACGACAGCAUCCACCAGCUCAACACCGUGGAGAAGUACAACCCGCGCACGGACCGCUGGCACUGCGUCAGCUCCAUGCAAGUGCGUCGGCUGGGGCUGUGCGCGGCCACCGUGCGCGUGCCCGUGGUCGGGAACGACCCCAUCUAGUCCGUCCGGCGCUUCUGGCCCGUCUGCGUUUCAUUAUUCAGUCUCGGUGACGUGUGCUGUCAUUGUAGCACCAGACAAUUUGUUCAUGAUUAUUUAUGUUAUUAUUUCAAUACCAAGAACAAAGAAAAAACUACUUUCCGCACAGUGUUAGCGCAUGUGAAAAUAUGGUAUAGGUGAUAAAUAGGCAUUUUCCAUUGCUUGUUGUUUCGGCAAAAAUAUUUCUCAUGGUUGUAUGAAAGAGGCUAGUGUGACAUGUGCAAGAAACAUGUUAAUUAUUUGAAAGAUCAAGAACAGAAUAAAAUAUUAUUAAGUAAUUUACUAACUCAAAAAGAAUGAAAAA